AUGGGAGGACCAAACGCAAAUGGAGAUGUAUCUGCAGUGAAUGAUAUCGAAGGUAUUUUAGCACUCAAUCCAACAGUAAAUAAAUUCGCUACAUUCAAGCCAACCGUUAUCUCAAAGAAGGACAAAGAGCAUUGGAAGAAGAAUGAACAAUGUAAGACUGCCUGCGAGUUGAAGAACGAUUUCUCAGAUGUCAAGCCAACCACUCUGACUGAGCGUGGUGCACUCUUUGAGGCACAACGUUGUCUGAAGUGUGUGGAUGCACCCUGCCAAAAGUCAUGUCCAACCCAACUCGAUGUCAAGUCAUUCAUCUCGAGUAUCGCCACCAAGAACUACUACGGUGCCGCCAAGGCAAUCUUCUCUGACAAUCCAUUGGGUUUGAGUUGUGGUAUGGUCUGUCCAGUGUCCAAUCUCUGUGAGGGUGGUUGCAAUCUUGCUUCCACCGAGGAGGGUGCCAUCAAGAUCGGUGGUCUACAGCAGUUCGCCACUGACGUCUUCAAGAAGAUGAAUAUUCCACAGAUUCGUGAUCCAUCGUUGACUCCAAUCGAUCAACUUCCAGAGUCGUACCGUGCACGUAUUGCUUUGGUUGGUUGUGGUCCAACUUCGAUUUCCUGUGCCACUUUCUUGGCACGUCUUGGUUACACCGAUGUUACAAUCUUUGAGAAGGAGCAAUACGUAGGUGGUCUCAGCUCUGCUGAGAUUCCACAAUAUCGUUUGCCAUUCGAUGUCGUUGCAUUCGAGGUCAAGAUGAUGACCGAUCUCGGUGUCAAGGUUGUCUAUGGAAAGCGUCUUGGCGCUGACUUUACUGUAGAGUCACUCAAAGCUGAGGGUUAUGAGGCUGUAUACUUGGGUAUUGGUAUGCCAGAGGCAAAGGUAGAUCGUGUCUUUGAGGGAUUGACUGUCGGUGAGGGAUUCUACACCUCGAAGGACUAUCUCCCAUUGGUCUCCAAGGGAUCAAAGCCAGGAAUGUGUGGUUGUUCCGCCAAGCUUCCAGAGCUCAGAGGACGUGUCGUUGUUUUGGGUGCAGGUGAUACCGCAUUCGAUUGUGCUACCUCUGCUUUCCGUUGUGGAGCAUCGAGAGUAACCGUUUGUUUCCGUCGUGGUUUCAGCGAUAUGCGUGCAGUUCCAGAGGAAGUCGACAUUGCCAAGGACGAACGUUGUGAGUUCCUCCCAUUCGUGCUUCCAAAGCAAGUCAUUAAGCGUGAUGGAAAGAUCGUUGCACUCGAAUUCUACAAGACCGAGAAGGGUGACGAUGGACAAUAUGCUGUCGACGAAGAUCAAUUCUUCCGUGUCAAGUGUGAUUACAUUAUCUCUGCUUUCGGUAGUCAGAUCGGUGAGGUUGCCGACGCUUGUAAGCCACUCACCUUUAACAAAUGGGGAUUGGCAGAUAUCGAUACUCUCUCUAUGCAAUCAAAGGCACAGGAAUGGCUGUUCUGUGGUGGAGAUUUGGUUGGUAACGGUACAACUGUAGAGGCUGUCAACGAUGGUAAGACAGCAUCGUGGAACAUUCACAAAUACCUCCAAUCACUCCACGGUAUUCCAAUCCCAGAUCAACCACAGCUUCCAAAUUUCUUUACACCAAUCGAUCUAGUCGAUAUCUCGUCUGAUUUCUGUGGUAUUAAAUUUGAGAAUCCAUUCGGUUUGGCAUCGGCUACUCCAUGUACAUCUGCAGCUAUGAUCCGUCGUUCAUUCGAACAAGGUUGGGGUUUCGCUGUCACCAAGACAUUCUCAUUGGACAAGGAUCUCGUCACCAAUGUAUCGCCACGUAUCGUUAGAGGAACUACCAGUGGUCACCACUUUGGUCCAGGUCAAGGUGCAUUCUUGAAUAUCGAGUUGAUCAGUGAGAAGACUUGCCACUACUGGUGCAAGGCUGUCACUGAAUUGAAGCGUGACUUCCCAUCCAAGGUUGUAAUUGCCUCGAUUAUGUGUGGAUUCAACAAGGAAGAUUGGCAAGAGCUUGCCAAGAUGGCUGAGGCUUCCGGUGCCGAUGCAUUGGAGCUCAAUCUUUCAUGUCCACACGGUAUGGGUGAGCGUGGUAUGGGUCUUGCAUGCGGUCAAAACCCAGACCUCGUUCUUCACAUUUGUAAGUGGGUACGUGAGGCCAUCAAGAUUCCAUUCUUUGCCAAGCUUACUCCAAACGUAACCGAAGUCAAAGAGAUUGCUCUCGCUGCCUACAAUGGUGGAGCCACCGGUGUCACUGCCAUUAACACUGUCUCUGGUUUGAUGAGUUUGAAGGGUGAUGCCUCGCCAUGGCCAGCCAUCGGAAAGGAAAAGAGAACUACCUAUGGUGGUGUCUCUGGUAAUGCCACUCGUCCAAUGGCACUGAGAGCAGUCAGCUCGAUUCGUCGUACUCUUCCAGACUUCCCGAUCAUGGCAACUGGAGGUGCCGACUCUGCCGAUACCUGCAUUCAAUUCCUCCACUGCGGUGCCGGUGUCAUUCAAAUUUGUUCCGCUGUACAAAAUCAAGAUUUCACAGUCGUUCAAGACUAUAUUACCGGUCUCAAGGCAUACCUCUACAUGCAAUCGCGUGAGGAUCUCGCACAAUGGGAUGGUCAAUCACCACCACUCACACUCACACCCUAUGCCCAGAGAAAGAAAUACGAUAACCUUCCAAGAUUCGGAAACUACCUCAAGGACAGAAUCAAGAUGGAAGUCGAAGACAAUCAAAAGAAGGACAUCCUUAAGGAGCCCGCCCAACCAGUUGCUGGUGCAUCAACCGAGGUGCCAUCAGUCAGAGAUCAAAUCAAUCGUGCCAUUCCAAGAAUCGGUGUAUACAAUGAUUUGAACAACAAAGAACAAGUAGUCGCUCUCGUCGAUGAAGACCUCUGUAUCAACUGUGGUAAAUGUUACAUGACAUGUAAUGACAGUGGUUACCAAGCCAUCAAAUUCGAUGCAAAGACUCAUAUUCCACAUGUAACCGAUUUGUGUACCGGUUGUAAUCUAUGUCUUUCCGUUUGUCCUAUCAUCGAUUGUAUUACUAUGGUUCCAAGAAAGAUCCCAUAUAUUCCUCAACGUGGAAUACCAGCAAUUCAAACAAAUUAA